UAUUUAACUGGUGCAAAGGAAACACACUUGCAAAGUAUCUUCUGUUGACAUGACAGAUUCUCCUGGUUGUUCAUACCAUGUUCAAAAAGCAAAAGUCUCUUGCUUCAGAACGCAAAAGAGAAGUUUUUUCUCAAGGAGGUACACGGUCUAUACAGAAGAAUGAUAUGAGAAAUUUUCAGUCUUUUUCACAACUGGUACUUUCAGCAGGUCCUCUAAAAUCAACUCCAGCAGUUAAAAAAUCAAAAACAACUCACUUUGAGAUUGAAAUACUUGAUGCUCAAACAAGAAAGCAGAUAUGUAUUGUGGAUAAGGUGACACAAACAUCUACUAUUCAUGAUGUUAAACAAAAAUUUCACAAAGCAUGCCCUCAGUGGUACCCUUCCCGAGUUGGCCUGCAGCUAGAACGUGGUGGGCCUUUUUUGAAGGACUACAUAACCAUUCAAAGUGUUGCAGCUUCCUCCAUUGUCACACUCUACUUUACAGACCUAGGUCAGCAGGUCAGUUGGACCACAGUAUUUUUGGCUGAAUACACAGGACCUCUGUUUAUAUAUUUCCUCUUUUAUUUGAGGAUCCCAUACAUAUACGACAUGAAAGAGAGUUCUAGAAGAUCACGCCACCCGGUGGUACACUUGGCCUGCUUCUGUCAUUGUAUACACUAUACCCGAUACCUUUUGGAAACUUUAUUUGUCCACAAAAUUUCUGCAGGGCAUACACCUUUGAAAAAUUUGAUAAAGGGCUGUGCCUUUUAUUGGGGCUUCACUUCUUGGAUUGCCUACUACAUUAAUCACCCACGGUACACACCACCAUCAUUUGGAAAUAGGCAAGUCACAGUAUCUGCUAUCAAUUUUCUGAUUUGUGAAGCUGGAAAUCAUUUCAUCAAUGUAGUAUUGGCUCAUCCCAAUCACACAGGAACUAAUGCCUGUUUUCCAAGUCCAAAUUAUAACCCCUUCACAUGGAUGUUUUUCCUGGUUUCAUGUCCUAACUAUACCUAUGAGAUUGGAUCAUGGAUCAGUUUCACAGUCAUGACACAAACACUGCCAGUUGGAAUUUUUACACUUAUGAUGAGUAUCCAGAUGUCUUUGUGGGCCCAAAAGAAACAUAAGAUUUAUCUGAAGAGAUUCAAUUCUUGUAUGCAUAGGAAAUCAGCAAUGAUUCCAUUCAUAUUCAAAAGUUCUGUGAAAACAAAAGUUAUUCUCUGACUCAUUUACAGACACACAGUAAUUUUAAGCAAUGAUACAUCUUUAAGGAAACAAUGAAAAUGUGGUA